AUGGACUACCAAAUCACGGUCUCUCCACCAGCCAAACCCCGCCAAAAUCCUUUCAACUCUAUCUUCCGUGAAAAGAGACAGGGACUUCCAUCAUAUUGCCAAUGUACACCACCCACCGUCAAUUGCCCUCCAGGACCACCAGGACCACCAGGACAACCUGGACAGCCUGGACAACCUGGAAACCCCGGACCUCCAGGACCGGACAAUACUGUCACCUAUGCUCCAAUUCAAUGCCCGGGACGGGACACUGGCUGUAUCGAUUGUCCGCCAGGACCACCUGGAUCACCUGGACAGGACGGACAG